AUGGGCACGGGUGUAUUGAGUACACGCGGCCAAACUGGUUUGCUUUCGUGGCAGGCCGGACCAGACGCACCAGCUCCCCCACACUCAACUGGCCAGUUGCUCGUGCCAACCGCAACUGGGCACCUAGCGCUGGCUGAACCCCUUCGACGAACUGGUCCGACAGCAAUUGGUGGCGCGACACUCCGUCCAGCCCCGGGAAAGCGCGAUCCAAUGACUACUGCAGGCCGGCGAAGAACACGGUCAGGUUCGGAUGCGUGCAUGAAUGAACCAUCUGCCUGCCUAGAACCGGUGAGCAACCAGGAUUUGUGGGUACUUGAUGAGAUUCACAUAGCUUCCGUCCAGAUUUCUCAUUGUAAGCUCCUCAGUGCAGACACGCCAAUGACUACACUUUGCGGACGAUAUUUUCACUUUCGCGGUGGUAGCGUCGUCCACAUAGACACGUUGCUAGUGUCUGAGUCCAAACAGCCUUAG